UUUAGAAGUGUUCAUCGCGUGGUUUACGUGUUGUAAAAACUGAAUCAGUGAUAAUGGGUGGUGAAGAAGGUCUAGGAGUGACUACGGGUCAACCAAACCUUUAUAAACAGGAUCUUUCGAAGCUAGAUGUUAGCAAAUUAACUGCAUUAUCCCGUGAGGUCAUCAGUAGACAAGCAACAAUUAAUAUUGGUACCAUUGGUCAUGUAGCACAUGGAAAGUCUACAAUUGUAAAAGCCAUAUCAGGAGUACAGACUGUUCGCUUUAAAAAUGAAUUAGAAAGGAAUAUUACCAUUAAGCUUGACACUCGUGCAGAGGACAGUACCAGAGGGGAACAAGAAGAAAAUCUUGGCAACAUGAACGAAAUGUCUUCUACACAAGAAAAAAGACCAGCCUCUCCAGGAUAUGUUCAUCCAUCUGCCAAACAUCGGAAACUCAAUGAGAAAUUUGUUUUCUCUGAAGGAGAUAGUUAUAAUGAUGCUGAAUCAACACGCACCAACUCAAGCAAUUCUGACUUAUUAAAUACAAAUAAUGUUCACAAUAGAAUUAGCAGAAGAAGAAGAAGAAGUUUGUAUCAUUCCAAAAGUCAAAAGUGUAGCAUAGAAAAUAUAAGACUGAACAAAUCAGAUAAUAAUGCUGAUAUUGAACAGUAUCAAAUAAAGUACAAUUUAGGAAAUAUUAAAUUGAAGGAGCUUAGAGUUAUAUUGAAGGAUAUAAAAUAUGAUAAUAAACGAGGCAUGGAAACAUUACUGUCAGGGUCUAAUUUUUGGGAAGUAGAAAAGAUUCUUGCAAAGAAAGAGGAAAAAGAUGUGCCAUUAUAUUUAAUUAAAUGGAAGAACUGGGAUUCACAGUAUAAUACCUGGGAACCAGUAUCAAAUUUAACAAAUUGUCCGGAUAUAUUAGAAAAAUUUGAGACGGAUAGAUUAAAGUUACUCGAUGCUUUUAAGAAGAAAAUAAAUUUUUAUCCGAACAAUCGGGAUAUCGAAGAGUACUUUAAUCAAAUUAAGUAUAAUGGAGAAACACUACAGUCAAUCUCAACAGAAACAAAUACAGUGUUUGCUCGCAUACGAAGCUUCAUGAAGCAAAAGCAUGUUAAAAAUAGUAAAUCUGAGAGGGCUGUUAAAUAUGAUCUUCUUCAUAUGUUGCUUAUUGUUUCAAGAGAGAAACAGUUAAAAUCUUUGAAAGACUGGGAAAAUGAAAUGAAUACUAUCACCAAAGGUAAACCAUUAAUACUAGUGGAGAAUAUGGUAGACUUGGAGGGAGCACCUCAGGACUUUUACUAUAUAGAAGAGUACUUACCCGGUAAUGGGGUUAUAAUACCUAAUGAUCCACCUAUUGGUUGUGAAUGCAAUACUUGUAAUUCUAAGACAGAAUGUUGCUUCAGUCAGGACAGUAGAAAUUGUCCAUAUACUACGGGAUGUAAGAUUCGAGUACCGCCUGGAACACCAAUAUAUGAAUGCAAUAAACGGUGUACUUGCGAUAUGGACUGCAUUAAUCGAGUGGUGCAACGUGGUAGCGACAUGAAACUCUGCAUUUUCAGAACUGCCAAUGGACGAGGUUGGGGUGUGAAGACCUUACAACCGAUUAAAAAAGGGAUUUUUGUCACAGAAUAUGUCGGUGAAGUAAUCACAAAUGAGGAAGCUGACCAACGUGGUAAAGAAUACGAUGCCGCUGGUAGAACGUAUCUCUUUGAUCUUGAUUAUAACGAGACUGAAGAAGCGUGUCCCUACACUGUCGAUGCUGCCGUGUAUGGUAACAUUUCACAUUUCAUUAAUCACUCUUGUGAUCCAAAUCUGGCAGUCUAUGGUGUUUGGAUCAAUUGUCUUGAUCCUAAUCUUCCCAAGCUUGCUUUGUUUGCAACGAGAGACAUUAAAAGAAAUGAGGAAAUCACCUUCGAUUACAUGUAUCAAUCCUCGAAAAAUAGCGAGAAUUCUAUAAAGCAAGAUGUAUCUUUGAAAAAGCAUGUAAAUACUUACGUUAACACAGAUUUUGAAAAGGAGUUUGAAUUACGUCCAGAGACGCCUGAAUCUGACUUGUCGAAUAAUAAAACUUUGUGCAAAUGCGGUGCCCAAAAUUGUAGACGAUAUUUGUUUUAA